GUCUCUCUCUCUUUGCCAUUUGUACACGCCCCUCACAUCCCACGCCCAAUUAAAAAAAAAGCGUGGACCUGAGAGACGUUUACAUGUAGCACAGUUGUUUCUAUAAACUAAACUAUACACGAGGGUUUUAUGUAGGGUUUAAGAAAAGUUUGAAAAGAUCAGAACCAACUGAAAAUUAUUAAAAUGGGAUUGGACAAAGGGAAGAAGCAGAAAUUGGGAGAAGUGAAGGAAGAAAACAAUGGGACAGAGCAUAUUGAUGGGGAACUCGUUAUCUCCAUUGAAAAGCUCCAAGAAAUACAAGAUGAGCUGGAAAAGAUCAAUGAAGAAGCAAGUGAAAAGGUUUUGGAAGUGGAACAAAAGUACAAUGAGAUACGGAAGCCCGUCUAUGAUAAGAGAAGUGAUGUCAUAAAAUCCAUUCCUGACUUCUGGUUGACUGCAGUUAGUGAUUCAUUACAGCUAGCUUUCUUAAAAGAAUGCGCACUUACCUUCCCGUCUCUUUCAUAAUCUCUUUGAAUCAAGUUAAUGUCUCUUGUUUUUCUCCAGAACUUCAAUUCAAAUCCAUAUUUUGAAGAUACAAAGCUAACAAAAACUUUUACCUUCCUCGAAGAAGGAACAACAAAAAUCACUGCCACGUCAAUAAAAUGGAAAGAGGGAAUGGGCAUUUCUAAUACUGAUACUGAAGAGAAGAAAGGGAACAAGCGAUCUCAUACUGAGGAAAGCUUUUUUACCUGGUUUAGUGAUGACCAACAAAAAGAUGAUGUGGAUGAGAUUCACGAUGAGCAGAUUGCUGAAUUAAUCAAGGAUGAUAUCUGGCCAAAUCCUCUUACAUACUUUUUCGAUGAGGCAGACGAAGAGGAUUCUGACAUGGAUGAUGGUGGUGAGGAAAAGGGCAGUGAUGGCUCUGAAGACGAUGAUGGCUCUGAAGAUGAUGAGGAUAAUGAUGGCAACGAGGGUGACAAUUGAGCCUUUUAAGAUGUUUUGUAUUAUGUUUUUCACAGUUUAUUUAGUAGCUUGUAAAGGGGUUCAGAGUUUAAGAGAGAGUAACAAUGUUGAUGGUGGCUUCAGGGUCUGCUCACUCUGGUUUCGUGAUGGACCCUUUAAGGACGAUCUCUUCUUUUGUAGGAUCUGUCUACACAACUAUUUAUACAUGAGAUGCUAUAGCCUGAGUGUUUAUUAUGUUCUUAAGAGCAAUUGGGAAUGUAUUUGCUGGUUGAGCGCAUUAUAGAUGAUCACUUUGCUGGCCGAACGUGCUAAAUAUGUUGCAAAAUCUGCUGAGAAUGGCUGAUAGAUAAAUUUAUAGUUUGAUACACUGAAUGGAUUUUUAUUUUCAUGGCC